UGGACACACCCACCCAUAGUCUUAGAGGUCAAAGGUCAUCCUCAGUUUAGUGCCAACAAAUUUUUGUUGUAGACAAAAUGGCUACAGCUCUGUGUAUGGCUCGUUUGGCUAGGAGAGGACUGCACGGGAGAUACACACUACCUCAGCUACACGCUGCAGGUGGUGUAGUUGGAUCUCCAUCUGUUGAGUCCGGAGCUGUUGUGAGAUAUGCUGGUAGUAGUACAGCCAGCAAGCAUUGGAAGUACGAGAGAUUGGUGACGGUUGGCCUGGUAGCACUCCUACCAGCAGCUGUACUCUACCCCUGCGCUGUCGUCGACUAUGGACUGGCCGUCACGGUACCAUUACACGGACAUUGGGGCAUGCAGUCUGUGAUAGCAGACUACAGUUCUGAGGCCAUGAAGAAGAUACUCCAUCCUCUGCUCUAUCUGGUCUCCCUGGGAACAUUCGCUGGCCUCGUUUACCUCAAUGUUGCUGACGUCGGCAUUUGUGCAGCAGUUAAACUAAUAUGGUCCAAGUAGCAGAAACUUACACAAUUUCUCUUAAUAAUUAUCUGUUUAUGCUGUUAC